AUGGUUCCUCAGUCUUCUCCCGUCAGCCCCGAGCAGACCACCCCUGCCUCGGUUGAUGGUCACGUCGCUAUCCCUUCGACCGUCACUCUUUACAGCACCAAGAUUGCCACAAUCGUGAGCUGCGCUCCUGACGUCACUGAUUGUCCCGCACGCGAGUCGACCACAGUCUUCCCUACUGCCAUCACCGUCUCCAGCGUUUGGUCUCGUACCUCGUCUGUUCCCGCUGGUUCCUCGCCCGCUGGUUCAGCUCCUGCCGGAUCAUCCCCUGUCAGCCCCGAGACUACUUCGGCUCCUGUCUCCCUUGUACCCUCCACAAUGUUCUACUACAGCAGUUCGACCGUGACCGUUUCGGGAACCUCGACCAUUGUUCAAGUCAUCCCUACCAGCUACGCCGUAACCAGCGUCGCCUCUUCAUCUUGGGUCCCCAUUGAGUACACCAGCCCCGCUGCCGGUGUUCCUCAGAACUCGGCUUCCGCUGUUUCUGCCCCUGCCCCUAUCGUUCCUACCUCCGCUCCCUACGCCGUCACCAACAGCACCAUGAUGUCUGUUGGUGGUCCCAAGGGAACCGGUAUUGUUGGAACUGGCUCUGGAAGCAAGACCACCUCGACCUACUCGCCUUCUCAGUACACUGGUGCCGCCAACAAGGUCGGUGCCGCUGGUCUGGCUGGUGUCGCCGCUUUCGCUGCUUUCCUUCUGUAA